AUGGACCAGCUAGUUCCACUCCUCGACCAAUACAACAACCAUUUAAUGACUUUCUCCGAGAUUCAACGAUGGGACCCGGCGAAGACCCGCCACUGGACUAAUCUGGACAACUGGUUGAACCAUAACCACAAGAAGGCUAUCUCUGAAGAAGAAGCGAUGUUCAGCCAAGAAACUGGAGACUUGGUUGCGCUAGCAUCUGAUCAAAAGUCUCCGCUCGAGAGCCUGGUCGAGCGAUUCCCGCUACUCCUGAGCGCCCAGGCCUUGAGGUCCAGGAGGCAAUCCUCGCAAGUCCAAUCCGAAACGACAGUUUAUUAUAGCAAGAGGAGGCUUCGAAAUACUGUUUUUGGUGUCAUAAUAGGAACCGGGCUCCUACUGCUACUUGGCCCCAUGUGGGCUCUGCAGUUUGUUGGUGACAAUGUCAAGCGCUUGGUGAUCAUAACUGGCUUCAUCAUCCUUUUCACUGCGGUCCUCGCAAGUGCUACAGUAGCGAAGCCUUUUGAGGUUCUUGCUGCGACUGCUGCGUAA